UGAAAGAAAGAAAAGAUUAUGUUGGCAUUGAACGUUAAAGUUAAGUGUUUAAAGUGCAACAAAAUCCAUUUCCUUGUAUUUGGACGCCAAUAAAUUACUCCCUAUGCCCUAAAAUUUUGAGAAAAUGUGAAUAUAUUAGAAGUAGCCAGUCAAAUACAUGUUUUUUACUUAUACAUGUGGAUAUCAUUAUAGCAGGCCCGAUAGCAUGAUUUUCUUUUCUUAAAAAGAUAUUUUGAAGUAAAAUCAGCCAAGAUAAAGAGAGGAAAUAUGGCAACUAUAGUUGAAUCAUAACAGCAUCAGGUGUGAGGACAGACCAGUAGAGCCAUGCAGAUAGUCAAAGGGACAAACCUGAAUACAUGCAUGACCAAGUCAUGAAGUGUAACAAGAUGUGGAAAUUUCAAGGACAUUGCAUUAAAUUUCUUUAUCAAGUCCUAAUUCAAGGAUGAUCAUAAGAAGUGAAAUGAGAUCAUAUUAAAUCUGCUGUUAUGGUACAAGUACCUCAUAAUUGAAAAAAAAAAAAAAAAGAAACAGAUGCCUUUGCAAUAAAUUCUUCCUGAGCAAGGAAAUGAACUAAUCCAAAGUCUAUCUAUCCAUCCUUCAACUGUUACACUAUAAAAUAUUCAAACUAGUUUUGGAAUGACUCAUACAUAAUAUAAAAAAACAUCAACAAAGGAGCAUUGCACAACCUACUCUAUGCUGUAUAUGAGAUGCAGAAUUUAAUAUAACAGCCCCUUUUGAAGUGAGUAAAUUAGCAGCAAGUUAAAACUAGUUUAACAGCACAAACAGUGAAGGCUUUCUGUGGAUGUAUGUAAUCGUUUCCACAACUUGACUUUUGUGGCCUUGGCACAAUUACUCUAAUGACACAUAUAGAGUUACAUGGCAAUUCUAAUUUUCAAAGAAAGAUGUGGUUUUCAUCUAGGGCUUAUUUGCAGUCAUACAAAAAUAAUUUCCUGUCUCCUUUAGUAUCCCCCUUAAAUAAGCUAAAUAUGUAAAUAAAGUUCAUCAAAGUAAACGACACCUGACCUAAAGAUGUGUGACAGCUAUGUGUUCCACUAUAUUAUCAGCUCUGUCAGUAGCUUUCAUACAGACUGUGUUGUGUAGGGUGUCUUUUGGAGGAAGCAGCACCCAGCAAGGCUCCCUGGUUGAGACUCUGAUCAUAGACUGCAGUAUGCCUGAACCAGACCCUCAGCAGGGCCAGCACCACUUUUAUGGUACCAAUAUCACACUGCUGCAGCAGCAGCAGACAGGUCCAGGGAAGGAUGGUGACAUCUUUAGAAAUGACAGCAUGUAUCAGAUCCCAAGCAAGCCGGCAGCUAAGCCAGUAACAAGGGUUACAUUUGCAGAACAAAUGCUGCAGGCCCACCCAAUGAUUACAAUCCAGCCUCCCAGUCCAUGCCCCUCCAACAGAUCAUCAGAAGUCUACUGGGAGACACCAGAACCAAGAACACAGAUACCAAGGUCACAAAGUACUGAAAGUCGUGACAACCCUUUCAUACCUGAAGGGGAUCUAUACCAUGAAGCAGAAUCUAUGCUCAAAGCGUCAACCAUAGAGAGAGAAAAAGUGAUUAUUCGUGAAUCCCCAGGAGGCACCAAAACCACACAUUAUGUAAUGAAUGAAAGUUAUGAGGGUCCCGAACCUACUGACAAUGAGCCCUCAGAAGACAAUGUAGCAAAUCCAGAGGACAUUAAAUUAAAGGAGAAUGGUAAUGUUGAAGAAACCAUUCAACCUUCAGCAACAAAAAAUGUGGAAGGGGCUCCUAAAGGUGCAGGCGAUCAGUCGCCAUCCGAGCCAAAGGAACAGAAAGAAGGAGAAGAGGGUGAAACUCCAACUGAUAAGAAGAAAUCCAAGGAUAACAAAUGUUGCACUAUUUUGUAGCAUAAAACAAAUUUUUUAAGGAAGAAAAUGAAUGGAGUCAAUAUUUGCAACAUAAUGCAGCUGUAACCUAUAUAUUGUUGAUCAUGUCUUUUUAUUACAAAAUGUCAUUGUUCACUGCCUUAAGAAGACUGUGCAUGUUCUUGAAGAUUUAAGUUGCUCAUACAGCAGCUCUCUCUGUUGGCAUAUCACAUCCAUAUCUCAGCACAGGAGCUCAACUGAAGUGUACAAAAACAGCUUACAUUACUAGAACAUUAAAAACAUUGACCUUGGUGACCUUGAAGGAAACUAACCAUGGUGAUCCACUCUGACCCCCAGCUACAACAUUUGUUUGUGGGAAUGCAUGAAAAACCAGUUCUCUCCUCAAGAGACCUAUUAUAUGUUGAGUCAUAAAUUCAAUGACUGUUAUAAUCACCAUGCAUCACUGGGAGCAACCUCACACAGUCAAGGGACGAGAUGGAAUAAAAUGUGCUGCCAAAGAUGUUCAGUUUUUGAAGGAACUUAAAUGGUUUGGUGUAUAAAUGUAUCAAUCAUUAUUUGACAAUCUCCAGGCAUAUGUCUACCACCAACCCAUACCUUGACUGUAGAAUGUAUAUAGCAAUGACAGAUCCAGGAAUGUACUAAGGGGAAAUGGUGGUUUGAAAAAAUUUUGCCCACUAGACUUUGUCAUAUUUGCAAGCAAGAAAAUGGGCUUAAGGGGUGGGACCUUGUGUAUCCUGUGCUACCCUGGAUCAGUCUAUGCAAUGUACAAUGCUUGAUAUUGGAUAUUAGGCAUGAGUCAGACUGACUGGAUUAUAACUUGCUCAGCUUGUUUCUUGUGAUUUAGGGAGCCAUUAGUCCCAGAAGCACUGUGAUUAUCAUUGACUCACAGUGUAAAGAGAACAGUUCAGUACAGGGACUACAUAUUUUCAACAGCUGGAAUAUUCAUGACAUCAGAGGUUCAAUAUGUUAUCGUAUUAAUAUGCUGUUUCUAGUCUCAUUUGUGCACUUUUUUAUUCUGCAUGAAUUCUUCAUUUUAAAUUAUAUACUUAAGAAUAUUCAUCAAAGUACUGUCUUGGUAGAAAUAACAAGGCAUGAUCUGAGAAUUUUUGAGUCAGGAAGGGAACAAAACCAGUGGGGUCUAUUUUUAUCGAAUGCCAAAAUGGCAGUGAAUCAUGAAGUUUGACAGGCCACGCCUGCCCAGAUAACAGUAAACUGCAUUCUUUUGCUGGCUGCUUGUUAUUUUUCCCUUUUCUGUCAUAUAUAUUUGUGGCUAUUAGUUCAGUUUGGCAUAAUGUUGUGACCUUGUGGUAGGCCCUAGUUCACCAAAUUUACAUUUAAAUCUGUAACAGUUGUAUUAAACACUUUGCCAUGUAGUAAGCAUUUUUGGUAAAGAGUUAAUUUGGUGAACUACUAUGGCAUUUGUACUACUCAAUUUAAAUAUCGGUGCUAUUUUUUCAAAAGUACGAAACAAUUAUUUCUGAGAACUAAUGUACAAUGGAAUUUGCUAAAUGUAAAAUUAAAUGUGACUGUGUUUGC